CAAGAGUCUUGCAACCCAAGGCAAUAUGAAUCGCACCCUACUUUUCGAAGCCAAUAUGACUUCCUUUUUUAUGAAGAAACUCUCUCUCUUGCUCCUGAUGCUCGCAGUCGCUCUUGUCCCAAUCAGGGCGGCACGGUUUGCUGCAUCUUUUGGCAAUCCGGGCAGAAUCAAAUCCGGAUAUUUCGCUUACCCUCCCAUCCAACCGCGACAAAUCGACUACAAAGUCAUCGACAACUCCACCAGCCCUGGAAACAGCAGGUUCAAGAAUGAAAUCGGCGAAGACAAUGCCCAUUAUGGCGUGAUGCUUGGCAGUGGAUAUGUGUUCAGCCUCCUUGACAUACACGUGUCUGAGGGGAAAGGCUACACAGAGGUAACAUUGAUCGUCGAGAGCUUCAGAGAGGCUGGGAUCGAGGUCUACCCUCUUGAAGUCGCCAGCACCAUAGACAACUACAUUAGAGUGAACUCCGACUACAUCCAAUCUUUUGAAGGGGAUGCCCUGAGGGAAUUCGAAGGAAUCAUGUACCACGAGAGCACCCAUGUCUGGCAGUGGACUGGAAACGGUCAAGCCCCACAGAGCCUACUGAAUGGUAUCGCCGACUACGUGAGGUUGAAGGCUGGAUUCCCGUCCGUGAACUGGGGGGAACGAGGCUCAGGCGAUAGUUGGGACCAGGGUUAUGAAGUCACUGCUUACUUCCUCGAGUACUGUGGAGGACUCAAGGGCGGGUUUGUUGCACAGUUAAACGCUAUGAUGAAGGAUUCCUACAGCGACAACUUCUUCGAUUCACUGCUUGGGAAGAGUGUCGAUCAACUGUGGAGUGACUAUAAACUAGCCUAUGGGAAUUCUCCUAUUGCGUCACCUGCUAUGCCUCCAGUGCCAGGAAACUGAAAGACCUCAAUAUCCAUAAUUUCCAUUUAAAAACCCUAAAACUGAAGUCCCAUUCAGUUAAUUAUUAUUAGCUGAAAACUUAUAUGAUUAGUACCCAAUAACUGAGAGUCAUAUGAGGACUUGAUGGGACAGACUACCAGCUUUCAUGUGCGAAAAAUAAGCAGUUUGUCAAGGUCCUUAACAUUUCAGUCGACGCAGUUUGUAUUUCCGCUGUAUUCUCUUCUCACUUAUGCUUACAAUAAUAAAAAAAAUUCUGAGGCAUUGAGCAGAGAAAAUGUCUGUCUGUAA